AUGCAACCGCCUAUAUAUAACCAUCACCGACUCCCACCUGCAGGAGCGACCUCGCAAUCUAAUCAAUCUCAAUCCCAACAAUCUCAAAAUCAACAAGCACCACCUCCUCCUCCUCAAGGGAUGCCGGGACAGCAACAACCUAGUGUGUUAUCGACUUCGUCGAAUGUGAGGUUGAACGAAUUCUUCGAAUUGAUAAAGCAAGAGUUUGAACAAGUGGGACAAGAGGGGAGUAUAUGGAAGGCGCAGAGGGAUGAGUACGAGGCGAAGAUCCAGCAACAGAUCAAUGAACUCGGACUGAUCAGACAAUCAUUAUACGAACUCGAAUCUAAUCAUGCCAAAGUCAGACAAGAGUACGAGGGGGAAAUCGCACGAUUGAGAAGAGAAUUAGAAAGCCGUGGUGGACAAAGUGGAGCAGGGCCUUCAGGUGUACCCGGAACUGGCGGACCUACUUCACCGCCUGAAUUACCUAGACCAGGUAACGAUGAGAGGGAUAGACCUCCUUACGGGAAAUCCCUGCCUGGACCUCCUCUCAACGGUGCUGAACCUGGUGGAUCUCGAUCGCCCUACCCACCUCCGGGAGGGAUCAUCCCUCGACCCGCAUCAACAGAUAGAGAAAGAGACAGACGUAAUAGGGAAAGAGCGAUCGCAGCUUCGAACGUACCACCUUCACCCCCCGUACAUUUAUCAGAUCUUGAUCCAGACAAUGUCUCGAGAGAGCUCAAGAAGGAAGGAGGUGAUUGGCAAGCUAUGUGGAGCAGCCAGAUGAGGAAACAAUUAGACGUGGCUCUAGUGCAUACCCUUGAACAUGAGACUGUCGUCUGUUGUGUGAAGUUCUCAAACGAUGGUAAAUAUCUGGCUACUGGUUGUAACAGAACCGCUCAGAUCUACGACGUGAAAUCUGGAGGAAGGGUAACCACCCUCCAAGACGAAGCUGCCAACCGAACUGGCGAUUUAUACAUCCGAAGUAUCUGUUUCAGUCCGGAUGGUAAAUUCUUAGCUACCGGUGCUGAAGAUCGACAAAUCAGGAUCUGGGAUAUCAAGCAAAAGAGAAUUAGACAUCUGUUACAAGGACACAUGCAAGAGAUUUAUUCUCUCGAUUUCUCAAGAGAUGGAAGAUUCUUGGUCUCUGGAUCAGGUGAUAAAUCAGCUAGGAUCUGGGACAUCGAAAAGGGUCUUUGUGUAUUUGAUUUGAGAAUCGAAGAUUUCAUUCAUAAUGAACAUGGUCCAAUCGAUGCGGGGAUCACCAGUGUUGCGCUAUCUCCCGAUGGUAAGCUCGUUGCUGCCGGAUCACUCGACACGAUGGUCAGAGUAUGGAACGUUCAAACCGGACAACAAGUGGAAAGGCUCAAAGGACACAAGGAUUCAGUGUACAGCGUCGCAUUCUCGCCUGAUGGAAAAUGCCUUGUCUCUGGAUCUCUCGAUCGAACCCUCCGAAUCUGGGAUUUGACAGGUACGAAGCGAGAAGCCGAGAUCUUACCUCCUGGAUCCAAGGAUAUCCAAAAGAAUUUGGGUACUUGUCAAUCUACUCUCAAUGGGCACAAGGACUACGUCCUCUCCGUCGCUAUUUCUCCAGACGGUCAGUGGGUAGUCUCAGGAUCGAAGGAUCGAUCGAUCCAAUUCUGGCAUAUCGCAACUGGUCAAGCACAACUUAUGCUUCAGGGACACAAGAACUCUGUCAUAUCCAUUGAUCUGGCUAGGUCAGGUGGUUACUUGGCGAGUGGAAGUGGUGAUUGUAUGGCUAGGAUCUGGAAAUAUGAACCUUACAGUGGAAGGGAGUGA